AAACAAUUGUGUAACAGACACAAUUAUUAAAUAGUUUUUUUCCUUUGGAAGCCUCAGCAGACUGCAUACUUGCUAUAACCAGGAUGUAGAAAGGCCUUUAUUGUGACAGACGGCACUAACCACCUCCGCUGCCCUAUUGGACCGUGUUUAUUUGCACUUUCACCCUUCAGUCACAUUCUCUAUAGUGUGGGUCUGUGAUGUCUGGCAAAUCAGACGAGUUGGCAGUAAGGUCAGUGGUGCACAUGUGAGAGUGAAACUCCAUCUUGGGAGAUCAGAGGUGAGACCACUGUGGCUUUAAAGUGCACAGACUGUAAAUAGCAACUGGACCUGGUAGUCAGAGGAUCAACAAGGUGUAAAUGGAAAGAGUGAGUUUGUUAUCUGAGAUUGUAGUGACCAAAGCGAGUUUACUUGAAGUUAUUUUUGGAAGGAUUUGGACCCAGUCUGUGUCUUUUGAUUUUUAGCCUGUCUCCACUGAGAGGCUCUCAUGGAGAUCAUCAAGAAAGGGGAUAAUGGAAAAGAAAACACCCCAGGCUCUGCAGGGGAGAUGACAAAGGAGGAUGUUUCAGAGCCAGCUGAAGGAGAUGCUGUCCUGGGCUGCUUCACAAGAAAUGCUCCCCACCAGCGGGCAGUUAUCCACCAGGUGGCUUCUGCACCCAUGCCCAGUGACUGUGAGUUUUCCUUCUUUAACCCAUCUGAACCGCAGUGCAGAGAAAUUCUUCAGGAUCCCAACACCACCAUACCUGAGCUGUUUGCUGUCCUCAGGCAAUGGGUGCCUCAGGUUCAGAAAAACAUUGAUGUCAUUGGCAUUGAGAUCCUGAAGAGAGGUUGUGGUGUGAAUGACCGAGAUGGAUUGACCGAUAUGAGCCUUCUGCAUUACUGUUGUAAGGCUGGGGCUCCUGGAAUUGGCGAUGCAGAAACGGCAGCUAGUUUUGCCCGUCAGCUCCUCGCCUUGGGUGCUGAUCCCAACCUUCGUUCACGCUGGACUAACAUGAGGGCGCUGCAUUACGCUGCCUACUUUGACGUUCCCCAACUGGUUGGUGUGGUGCUGCAGGCCUCUCCACCUGGAGAGGUAGAUGCCACUUGCAGUGACUUUGAGUUUGGCACAGCUCUGCACAUUGCUGCAUCCAACUUGUGCACGUCUGCUGUCAAACGUCUCCUGGAGUUGGGAGCUAAUCCAGCUUUCAGGAAUGACAAAGGACAGUGUCCAGCAGAUGUUGUACCUGAUCCACUGGACAUGCCCUUGGAGAUGGCAGAUGCUGCCGCCAUGGCCAAAGAGCUCCGGACUCUGCUGAGGCAGGCUUUACCAAGACCCAGCUCCCCGUCACCCCUCACAUUACAAGGCCAGGUCAUCCCUGCUGUCUCUGAUAAGGCCAGGAUGCAGCUCGCAUCCAUGGGAAUCCGACUUGGGGAUCGCGUGGUGAUUGCUGGACAGAAGCAGGUUGGGACGUUAAGGUUCUGCGGCAGCACAGAGUUCUCUGGAGGCCUGUGGGCCGGAGUGGAGCUAGAUAAACCAGAGGGGAAGAAUGAUGGCUGCGUAGCAGGGGUUCAGUAUUUCACCUGUCGACUCAAACAUGGAAUUUUUGCUCCCUUGUCCAAGAUAAGUAGACCCUUGGAAAAACAUAAAUCGAGCUCUACAAAGCCUCCUCUGCGCCCUCCUCGUCGCAUUGACGUGUCCCGCGUUACGUCCAAGAUUAACACAGGUUUAUCAUCCUCUGUUAAAGAAACACCUGACAGUGAAAAGCAUCCACCAUGUCCCAGUCAAAGCACAGAGGACAACACCUCAGUCAAUAACACAGGUAUUCUUUCUCGCUCCCUUUCGUCUUCAUCAUCUUCGUUGGACUCUCGUCAUGGGUCAGGUGGCCGACCUCGUCCGUUGCCUAGGCAGCGCCUCCUUGCCAGGCAGCGAAAGGAGAACAUCUCCCCUGGUCCCAGGAUGACGCCAUCACCUGCACUCCACUCCUCGUUCCGCUCCUCAGGUCCUUCGGCUGCAGGUUUCAGAAGUAGAACCUCCUCAGGAAGCAGCUUGUUGAAUGACGGCUCUGAGGUUCGACAAGGGGAAAGGGUGCUGGUGGCGGGACAGAGAACUGGUGUAGUUCAGUUCUGUGGGAAAACCAGCUUUGCUCCUGGUAUCUGGUUCGGCAUUGAACUGGACAAGCCAAAUGGCAAAAAUGAUGGCUCAGUGGGAGGCGUAAGAUACUUCAGCUGCCCUCCAAAACAUGGAGUCUUUGCUCCUCCUUCUCGUGUUCAAAGGAUCCACGGUUCCGUCGACUGCCUUUCAGAGCUCACCACAUCACGACUCAGUCAUCCAGUCAGCGGGACAAUUCGUCGCAGCUUCAGCACAUCAUCAGCCAUCGCCACACCAAAAGAGGGGAACAGGAGGAGCCCGGUUUCCAGAAGUCGCUCUACCCCUCACCGACGUCGCUGGAGCACCCUCAGUGGCAGCAGUGGAGGACUUCCUGGAAGCAUGGCAGGAUCAAGUCUGUCAUCCUGCUCUGACGGCCAGGUGCGCCUUCAUGUGGGCAUGCAGGUCUUCCUGACCAGCGCCAACGAGAUGGCGUUCGUCCGCUUCUUGGGAACCACAGACUUUGCCUCCGGGCUCUGGCUGGGGCUGGAGCUUCGAAGCCCAAAGGGGAAGAACGACGGGUCUGUGGGCGGCCACCGCUACUUUACAUGUCGGCCCGGCUAUGGCGUGCUGGUCCGACCCAGCCGUGUCACCUACCGUGGCAUCAACGGUUCCCACCUGGUGAAUGAGAAAAGCUGAGAUCUGUUGAAAACUGGGGGUGUGUUGGAUGCAAAGAUCUUUGAACUUUUUGCAUUUCUAACUUUUUGCAUUCUCUGUGUUGCAGAACUUGGAGCUAAAUAAAUAACUGCUUAUUAGUAUUUAAGGUCUAGAGGCAAAAAGCACUUUAUAAAGUUAAAGAUAAAUUUGCUUUUCAUUAAUCUCUCUGCACUACUUAAUCUGAUUGCACCGACUCGCCUGGUCGUCAUAGAAUAAGAUUAAAUUGGGUGUUUGCGAAACAUCUUUUAAAACAGAGCUCAUUUUGAUCACAUCUUCAUUGACUUUAUCAAAUAAUUAUGAUUUAAUCAAGGCUGUUUAUGUGUUAAUGUGAGUGCAUGUCAGUCAAGAGCAUGUUGGAACAGGAGAUUAUGCAACAGGGUCAUAAUGUAUGUGAUGUCAAAGUUAUUAUUGGUUAUUAUGAUUAAAAUGUUUAUCAGGAUACAGCUACAUUAACAGCAUUUAUUCUAUAGACUGUUAUUUUGCCUCAGAUAAAUUAUUCUGUUUGGUGUCAGUUUGCAUAUUUAACCUGGUUAGGUAUGGUUGGUAAUAAUGUGACUAAAAAUAUUUUUAUUUGAAAUCUUUAAUAUUUUUUUAUGCCCUAAUGUGUGGUCAGUAGAGUCACCACUGAAAGAAGAGAGUCGAGCCAUUUAAAACCGGAAAGUUGACAUUAAUAAAUCCCAUAUAAACAAACAUUCAGCUGAGGUAUUGGGUAAUUAUAAAAUAAAUAAAUGUCCACUAAUCUGGCCUGAACGCCCAAAGUUCAUUGAAACCUUGUGGUUGCAGGGAAUCAUGAAUCCUGUGAAAUAAUUGAAAAAGAUGAGACAAAUGCUGCUUUUCAACAAAAUUAACCAAUUUUAGUUAAUUGGCAGACUAAAAUGUACUUGUACGUCCCAGUAAGAAAACCAGCCCACAACAUCAUAGUUCCUUCAUUUCCACGUGUUCUUUGUAUCACACUAUACAGAAAAAUAAAACGCACACACACACUCACACACACACACACACACACACACACUUGUUCAUUAAAUAAUCAACCUCGGAAAACAAAAUCAUAAAGUACUAAUUUAAAAUCUUUUAAGGAUACUUAUUAACUUUCAAACAAGAUUGAGAUUGUCCUGUUUUUAUUUUAAUGCUUCUUGAACAUCCUUAGUGGUGCUGGUGUUCGUCAUACUGAGGUGUUUUUCUCGAGGAUCAGGUUUCUGAAACAAAGUUGGAGAAAGAAAUUCAGUGAGUAGGAUUUCCUCCUGGUGCAAAUCCAUUCCCUUAAUGAAAUUCUGUCUGUACCCUCCAAGGUCGAGUUCGAAUGGAUCUUCAUCAUUGCAGGGAUGUUUUUUGCAAGCAGGCUGCAAGCCCUUCUGCUCAUACAAGGCAAGAGCGUAUUUCUAUCAAAACAAAAGUUUCUCAAGUUGUAACAUACCUUUCCUGCCUUUAUAUGUUUGAUAAUGCAUAAACAUAGUUAAGAAAACAUUUAAGCACAGAAUAUAUAGGAAAUAGUUAAAAACAUACAGUAACCACACAUUAUAAAAGCACAUCUCGGUUAAAGAUACUGACGUUUUGCCAUAAUCCCAUACAGUCAAUGCAGUUACCAGAGAUAGAAGUGUUAUUGUAGGAGACAUUAGUUUGUCUAGAAAUCAAGUCCAUUUUUCCCAUGUUGUAGAAUUUGGUCCACAUUAAUGAGAAGUUUUCAAGGCUGUAAAUGUUAAUUAUGACACAAUCAUAUCAUGUAUUUUUGCACACGAAAAAGUAUUUUACUCAUUACCACAGUGAUCUUAACUGUGGUAGUCCAUAUAACGGUCCUCGAGUGAAGUAUGUUUUCAUGGAAUAGGAUUUAAUGGGCCAAAAUAAUAUGGUAUGUCUAAUUAAAACCGCUUGACACUAGAACUAUGUAAUCAUCCACAAGUUUCAAGGAUAUAAGCUGAUUAGUGUGUCUGGGCAGCUCUGUGGAGAACGAGCCAUUGAUUGUGCAUGUGGAAAACAAGGCCUCUGUUCAGUAAAACACUCAUGGCCCGUCCAAUUAGAGCAUGCCGGCCACAACGGCAGCAGCAGAAUCUCCAGCGGCCUUCCCUCAUUGAUCUGUUUUGGUCAGGCCCCAGGUGAUUGAAAAGCUGCAGCCAAGGUUGUCUGAAAUGUCUGCAACAGAUGAAUGGUAAAAAAAAACCCAAAACAAUAACAGCCUUUCUAAAGUUGAAACAUUUCCAUCUACUCUCAGAAGAGCGUCUCCUUUAUAUUAAAGCCACCUUUGAUGUAUUCUCUUUUCACAUCUUUGUUCACCUAUAGUUUGUUGGAUGGGAAUUUCUGCACUAAUGAAAAGUCUUCACUGGGUGUGACAGAAGUGGUUCAGUCUUAUGAAUUUACAUGUUAAAACUUUUAAAUAAAAUAAGUCUUUCAUCAUGUC